AUGCUCAAGAAGUCGUCCCUGGGCGAGGACAUGCUGCUCCUGGGCGACCCGGGCCCGCGGAGCCGCCAGCUCGUGCACCGCUGGUGCGAGGCCUGCAACCGCGAGGUCGAGUACGUCGCCGUGACGCGGGACACCUGCGGCAGCGAUUUGAAACAACGGCGCGAGCUCAGCGGGCGGAGCAGCGGCUGGGCCGACGCGCCGCCGGUGUCCGCCGCGAAGCGCGGCCGCGUGCUCGUGCUCGAGGGCCUCGAGCGCGCGGAGCGCAACGUGCUGCCGCUGCUCAAUAACCUCCUGGAGAACCGGGAGAUGGCGCUCGACGACGGCACGUUCCUCGCGAGCGCGAAGCGCUACGACGCGCUCGCGCGCGAGGUCGACCUCAGCAAAUUGGCGCGCGUCCACGAGAACUUCAUCGUCGUCGCGAUCGCGGCGCCGACGCCGCGCUACGCCGGGCGGCCCCUCGACCCGCCCCUGCGGAGCCGCUUCGCCUGCCGCAACGUGCCGCGGCCCGCGCCGUCGUCGCGCCGCGCGGAGGCGACGCGCCUCGCGCGCGGGGGCCUCGCGCCCUUCGAGGUCGACGCGCUGCUCCAGUGCGCCGCCGUGCUCGCCCAGGAGGAUCUGGACGCGGAGCGCAUGGCGCCCAAGUGCGGCGACGGCCUGGCCUACGGCGUCUGCAAGGUCGCGGCCCUAUCGUUCCGCUUCGACGCGCGCGACGCGGUCCGCCGCGCGUACCCCUACGACGCCCUGCUCCGGAGCCGCUGCGGCGCGACGGCGCGGCGGCUGGCGGAUAGUGCCCUGCGCCACUUCUUCGACGUCUUCGACGCGUCGUCCAAGUCCGCGCUCUGGGACGACGACGGGGGGCCCCGCUUCACGGGCUGCCGCGCGUCGCGGGGCAAGCACGACGGCUUCGACGACCCGCUGCUCGUCGACGGCCCGCCGCCGGGGCCCAAGCCGACGCGCCGGUGGUUCGACGCCUCCGCGCCGACGCUCGCCGCGAGCCGGCGCGACGCGCUGAGCGCCAUGGUCGCGGACCACUGCGCGGGGCUCGACCUCUUCGUCUGCGGCACGCGCGGCGGCGGCAAGUCGGCGCUCGCGCGGGCCUUCGCGGACGCGUGCGGCUACGACUGCCGCGUCGUCUUCUGCCACGCGGACCUGACGGCGCGGGACCUGCUCCAGCGCCGCGACGUCGACGAGCACGGCGCGACGCGCUGGAUCGACGCGGCCGCUAUUUCGGCGGCCGUCGACGGCGAGUGCCUCGUCCUCGACGGCGUCGACCGCCUGGCGCCGGGCGUCCUCGUCGCCGCGCUGGGCCCGCUCCUCUGCGACCGCGCGACGCCCCUGCCCGACGGCACGCGCCUCGUGGACGCGCGCAAGUACGAGGCCGCGCGCGCGUACGACCUCGCGGGCACGCGGCUCUGCCACCCGGCGUUCCGCUGCGUGCUGCUGGCGACGACGUCGGAGCCCAUGAGCGGCGACGACGACGCCGACGGCAAGCACAACGCCUGGCUGUCGCCGGAGGUGCUCGCGCUGCCCGUCCACUUCCACGCGCUGCCCGAGCUGAGUCGGGAGGAGCGCGCCAAGGUCCUGCUCGCGGCCGCGACGGAGGGCCUGGGCGAGGCGUCCGAGGCCGACGCCGCCGCCGCGUCGGACCGCGCGGCCGCGGCCCGCGCGGAGCCCGCGCUCAAGGCCAUGGACGUGAGCUCGGCGCGGGCGCUCCGCCGCGUCGGCGCCCAGCUGCGCCACGCGCCCACGGACCUCGACGGCGCCCUCGCGGCGACGUGCGGCGCGCGCGCGCGGUUCCUGCCGCCGCCGACGCGCGACAGCCUCGAGUUCCUCCUGGCCCGGGCGAAGCGCGCCGAGGGUCUGGAGGCGCUGGAUGUCGUCCGGUCCGGCGACAAGACCUUCCUCGAGGCCGGCGACGCGCGGUGCGCCGUGUCGACGCCCCAGCGGCCCGAGCUCGUGCCGUGCUGCGCGAACUUCGUGGCCAUCCCGAAGCACACGGCGCUCCUCCGCGACGUGCUCCGCGACUGGGUCCGGGGCGACGACGUGCUCCUCAUCGGCAACCAGGGCGUCGGCAAGAACGUCGUCACGGACCGCCUGCUCGAACUGCUGCGCUACGAGCGCGAGUACGUCCAGCUCCACCGCGACACGACGCUGAGCUCGCUGACGACGACGCCCGCGCUCGUCGACGGCACCUUGGUAUGGGAGGACUCGGCGCUCGUCCGCGCGGCCAAGUACGGCCGCUGCCUGGUCGUCGACGAGGCGGACAAGGCGCCGCUGGAGGUGGUUUGUGUGUUAAAGGCGCUGCUGGAGGACGGCGAGCUCACGAUGAGCGACGGCCGGAGAAUAGUGGCGAGGCGGUCCGGCGCGCCCCGGCGACCCGGCGACGUCGUCGCGCACGCGGGCUUCCGCGUCAUCGUGCUCGCGAACCGGCCGGGCUGGCCCUUCCUGGGCAACGACUUCUACCGCGAGUGCGGCGACGUGCUCCGGGCCCACGUCGUCGAGAACCCGGACUUCCGGUCCGAGGUGUUGCUGUUGCGGGAGCUCGCGCCGUCCGCGGACCGCGACGCCAUCGACCGCCUCGUGGGCGCCUUUGGGGAGCUGCGGGACCUCGCGGACGCGGGCGUGCUCGCCUACCCCUACAGCACGCGCGAGCUCUGCCGCAUCGCGCGCCACAUGGACGCGUUCGCCGGUGACGCGUGCGCCGAGGCGCUCGAGGACGUGCUCGCCUUCGACGCGCACGACGCGGCGACGCGCGACGCGCUGCGGGCCAUCCUGGCGAAGCACGGCCUCGACGGGCGCGACGGCGACCUCCAGGUCGACGACGACGCCAACGACGAGCUGCUGAAGAAGCCGCGCUACGACAUCCGCGGCGACGACGAGGACGGCGCUGUGCUCGAUGACCCGGACCGCGUGAACCCGGACGAGGAGCUGAAACCGCCGGAGCACGCGAACCCGGGGGGCGAGGGCGGCGCCGAGGGCGAGCGGCUCGAGGCGGCGGAGAACGCGGACCGCACGGAGACGCGGCGCGACGACGGCGCGGACGAGGAAGGGGCCGCGGACCCGGACGGCGAGGCGCCCGAGGACGGCGCGCCGACGGUGCCCGGCGAGGACCGGGGCUUCGGCGAGGGGUCCAAGGGCGAGGGCGGCGCGGAGGCGACGGAGGGCGCGGAGGCGACGGAGGGCGCCGGCGCGGAGCGCGGCGAGGGCGACG